AUGCUUUUUCUGUUCAGGGUCACCCAAGGGGACAUGGAGUUGGAGUUGGAGACUGAGACCAAAGGCCCAGAGUGGCCUCCCCAGAAGCCACAAAAGCCUUAUAGUAGAACUACAGACCUGGAGCUGGUCACUGACUAUGCAGAAGAGAAGGAGAUCCAGGGCUCCAAUUUGGAGAUGACCAGGUCCAUCACUGGAGACAGACUAUCUGGGAGCAGAAAUCUGAACAGGCAGGAGAAGGAACUCGCAGAAGUCACAAUCAAGAAGGAAGAUUUGGAGCUGAUAUUGACAGAGAAGGAGACAUCUCAGGCAGCAGCAAAAGCGAGUUUGCAGAAACACACGGGCAAUAUGCUAGAGGCUUUUAUUGCCCAAACCAACUGA